UCGUGACUGGCUAGAUGAAUUAAGAGCACCUUCGAUAUGCUCUUGCCUCUCGCACUUGACUCCCUAACGAGCGGUAAACCUGUGCCUUUCUCAAGAGAAGAAAUGUCAGUAUUUGUUUACCUUUCUUCCCCAUCCUCGCUUAAAUCUCACAUUAAUUCCUUCAACACUUUCCCUCCAUAUCAGUUUAUUUUUCUCUAAUCUCAGACUUGUCAUCAUUUCCGUCCUCUAAACAGCCAUGACAUGCUCUAGAAUGGAUCUCACGCGUCGUUCUUCCCUUCUGCUACCUGCCUCUUUAGAAUCAUGGGAAAUGUUAUAUCGUUCCUGCUUUGUUGGGAAAGAGAGCAAGGAUUUGAGAGCGCCAUUCGUUUGUUAACUCCCUUCCUUCUCUUCUCUUUUUUAUUUUUGUUUUCUUGCAACCAUCAACAGCAUGACCAUUUUCAUCGCACAUUUCUACACCCAUUCCGCAUACGCUCGCUCAUACUCGCUUACGUUCGCUAUUGCUUCGGUGCAGUUUUUGGUUGUCUUUUCGUGUUGAGAGAGAGGUACUCUGAUCUGCUUUGGGACGACUCACGGGGAAUACUUCACGCACGGAAAUACGUUCGAGUUCCCUCUUUGGACUUUCGACUUUGGUUCUUUAGGUGGAGAUAUUGAGCAGCAAAUUAUGGCACACCUAUACAAUGCCGGUCCUAUCGAGUGCGAAAUCGACAUCAAAGGACAUGUCCCGACAUGCUCCUGUCACAAAGCGUUAGGGGUGCCGCUGCCUGUUGAUGCAGAAUACUGCUAUGGCGACAAAAUAAUGGAUGCAGCAGAGUUCGAACGCCUUCAAGACUCGUGGGUGGAUUUGUAUAAACUCCUCUUGCGGCAGAAGUUCAGAAGUAAAGUGCGAGAGGACAAUCGAAAUCUGCUUUCUACAAUGAGUAGGGAUGAAGUCGAGCAGUUCAUGUUAGACAGAGAGCUUGGCUGCCAGAGCAUACUAAAUUUCUAUUAUAGAAUCGCCCGAGUUUUCAUCACAGGGAUAGGCGAAUGGCGUACCAACAAGGCAGACCAUCAACAAGGAGAUGUAGAGGGAAAGCUUGCAGACCAGACCGAGAUAGUACAAUCUCCGGUCUCUGAAUCUCGCAGUGGGGGCGGAAGUACAUUUCUUGAGGGAUUGACACGUACGCUGGAAGACCUCGGUGGUCGUCGAGGUAUGUCGUACCAAAAUGCUUCUUCCAUAGCUGGCGAAACGGUUCUGGACGGAUCAUCAGACCGCGGACCGAAAAAUUUGCUGGCUCAGCAGAGGAAGGUCAUCCAUUGCAACCCCAACAGUCGUCAAUGGGAGGUUGCCUCUCGUACCCAUGGAUAUAAACUUCCAAAGACCAUCACCUGUCGGGUGAGCUACGAACUCGUAACGCGGUACAAGGACGAUCCCACGCCGACCUCGCUGUCUGUUGAGAUUUCUAGUCAGACCGCAACGAGUGCAAGUGUCAGAAAAUUCGGAACUGUAGAUCCAAAUUUCCCUUCUGUUCACGAAGCGGCAAGUCAAAUCAGCCCAACACAUUCGGCCCAGUCGUUCAUUCCUCCAACUAGCACGUCAGAUCAAUGGUCCCGAUUUGAUCUCAUAGUUUUUCCAAGCUCUUUCACCGAGCUCACGGUGUCAACAGUAUCAACUGCUGUUCCUGGUCAGUCGGCUCCGACGCCAACAAAUACCCCGAUUAAAUAUCCAAACAGCAAGAUGAAUCAUGUUGAGCUCCGGAAGAGAGAUAUCCUUGAUCAGAGCGAGGUUGUCGAGAUCAAUCAUAACGAAGCGUCAAAGAUCACCAGCACGGUGCAAGUCCUAACUCCCAGUAUCGGCCCCGUAACCAUCCACCCAGACGUUCAAUCUGGACAGAUAUCUGAGGCGAAGCCAGUAGUUCGCAGAGACUAUUGGGACGCCUAUUGGGAAUGGUUAGACCGUGUUGAGGCGGACCGUGACAAAUAUCUUUCGCAGGAACGACAAACUCUGAGAGAAGCCUACCAAUUGCAACGACCAGGUGGCCGUUCAUUGAAAGAAGCAAGACUCCAAGAUUAUUCCCCUUUUCAGUGGGUUCUAGACAGGAAGUUCGCAGAUAGAAACAUGCCAAAUGAGGUCGACUGCGGACUCGACCACAGGACUGAUCCUCGCAACACCCCUUGCAAUCCCUCUCCAGUCCUUUCGACUCAUCCACAGAUUUCCGCUGGCUCGAUCAUCAACCCGAUUACAGGCCCGGUUGUUGUUGGUAUUAUAAUACUCCUGAUCAUGUUCUUCGCGCUUCCUUUAUUUCGCUGCGGAGGUCCGGCUCCUGCAGAUAAUACGGAAGUCCUGGAACUACCGCCAGACUCGGACAAUGAUGAUGACGAUGAGACUAACGACUAUCAAUAUUCGGAAUACGAUGAUGGACUAGAUGCAGACUUGCAGCUGGCAAGAUGGUCUACACUGUUCACUAGAGACCAGUGGCCGGGAAUUGAGGAUGAUCUCCGUCGCUCGGGAUUGCAUAUUCCGGAUUAUGAUAGCUGUUAUGUCAAUGAUCGUGAGUAUUGGCGUGGAGGCGAUGAUUGGGCGUGAUUUUAUUUGAUGAAUAAGUUGGUAAAUGGGGUUGUGGAUGUGUAGCGUGUUGGUAAAGAAGAGUGCGUGAAAAGCGGGUUUGAACUUUGUU